GACACUUACUAGAAGUUCCCACUCACUACCAGUAAGUUGACUCACUGUACAAGACCUCUCCUCUUCAGUCUACUGCAGGGUGGGAGAUGCAACAAUGGCCUUGAGAACAGCAGGAAGUGUGUUGGUGGUCUUUCUCUGGUCUGUGGCAGUUGUACUGGGCCAGUAUGGCUGGAGUGUGACUUACACCACUCAGAGUAUCUGUGUCUUGAAGGGGUCAACAGUGGAGAUGUCCUGCUCUUACACAUAUCCCAGUGGUACAGUCACAUCAACCUUCUGGUUCACUGAAUGGGAGACUGGGGUAGAACCUAAAGAUCUAGGUCAGGACCCGGAGUAUACAGGUCGUCUGGAGUAUCAUGGGGAUAAGAAGAAUGGUCACACACUGAGAAUCACACACCUGAGAGAGAGAGACUCAGCUACAUACAAGUUCAGGUUUAUAACAGAUCAGACUGAAGGGAGAUAUUAUGGUGAUCCUGGAGUCACUCUGUCCGUAACAGCUCUGCAGGUGAAGUUGACUCCUUCAAUUUGGCAAAAUUGGGUGACAAUUACCUGUAGCACCACCUGUAUUCUGACUGGUAACCCCACCUACAUCUGGUACAAGAAUGGACAACAUCUAGAUGAGAGCACCUCCCCCCAGUACAAAUACUCAGUCUACAGUAACUAUGAAGACAGCUACUCCUGUGCUGUAAAAGGCAAUGAGAAUCUCCACUCUCCUGCAGUGUGUGUUGAUGGUCAGAGCUGCAACAGAGUGACUUACACCAAGAGGGGAAUCUGUGUCUUGAAGGGGUCAACAGUGGACAUAUCCUGUACUUAUGUUAGUUAUUAUUCCACCACAUCAACAUUCUGGUUUAGAAGUGAUAAGUCGACCCCUGAAGACCUAACCACAGACCCAGGGUAUGCAGGUCGUGUGAAGUACACUAGAACAUACAGAGCUCCCUUCACCCUGAGAAUCACAGAUCUGAGAGAGGAGGACUCAGCUGAGUAUCGCUUCAAUUUUAAAACAUACAACGUUGAAUGGGGUCAUAGUUUCCCAGGAACCAGUCUGACUGUGACAGGUUUUCAGGUGAAUGUGACUCCUAAACAGAAUUCAGAGUAUAAGACACUGACCUGUAGCACCACCUGUACUCUGACUGACAACCCCACCUACAUCUGGUACAAGAACGGACAACAUCUAGAUGAGAGCACCUCCCCCCAGUACAAAGACCCAGUCUCCAGUAACUAUGAAGACAGUUACUCCUGUGCUGUAAAAGGCCAUGAGGAUCUCCACUCUCCUGCUGUGUGUGUUCAGGGUCAGAGAUGCAACAGAGUGACUUACACCAAGAGGACAAUCUGUGUCUUGAAGGGGUCAACAGUGGACAUAUCCUGUAUUUAUGCUGGUUAUUAUUACACCACAUCAACGUUCUGGUUUAGAAGUGAUAAGUCGACACCUGAAGACCUAACCACAGACCCAGGAUAUGCAGGUCGUGUGAAGUACACUGGAACAUACGAAGGUCCCUUCACCCUGAGAAUCACAGAUCUGAGAGAGGAGGACUCAGCUGAGUAUCGUUUCACUUUUAAAACAUACAACGUUGAAUGGGGUCAUAGUUUCCCAGGAACAACUCUGUCUGUCACAGGUCUGCUGGUGAAGGUGACUCCUGCUGCAGAGGGACAGAGAACACUGACCUGUAGCACCACCUGUCCUCUGACUGACAAACCCAACCCCACCUACAUCUGGUACAAGAACGGACAGGUUGUAACUGAGAAGAUGUCCCUCUAUUCAGUCCUCCCUAAUGCUGUAGACAGCUACUUCUGUGCUGUGAAAGGCAAUGAGGACCUCAGCUCUCCUGCAGUGUAUAAACCAAAGACCUCAGUGUCAGUCAGUCCCUCUGGUGAAAUAGUGGAGGGCAGUUCAGUGACUCUGACCUGCAGCAGUGAUGCCAACCCACCUGUCCAGAGUUACACCUGGAGGUACAAGAAGAAUGGAGGUGACUAUCAGAGUAAGGCAGGACCACAGCAUGUCUUCAAUCAAAUCCAGUCAUCUGACAGUGGAGAGUACUACUGUGAGUCCCAGAAUGAGAUGGGGACAGACAGGUCUAGGACCAUAAACAUGGAUGUGAAGUAUGGCCCAAAGAUUACCUCAGUGUCAGUCAGUCCCUCUGGUGAAAUAGUGGAGGGCAGUUCAGUGACUCUGACCUGCAGCAGUGAUGCCAACCCACCUGUGGACAAAUACACCUGGUACAAGAAGAAUGGAGCUUCACUGACAGGAUCUGAAAAGACAUACACUUUCACGACCAUCAGCUCUGAGGACAGUGGAGAAUACUACUGUGAGGCUGAGAAUAAAUAUGGACGUCUCAACUCUUCUUCUGUGUCUGUGGACGUUCAGUACGGCCCAAAGAACACCUCAGUGUCAGUCAGUCCCUCUGGUGAAAUAGUGGAGGGCAGUUCAGUGACUCUGACCUGCAGCAGUGAUGCCAACCCACCUGUGGACAAAUACACCUGGUACUUUCAAAAUAAGACUUUUCUAAAUGGAUUUGGACAGAUGUACAACAUAAGUAAGUUCAAGUCUAAGGACAAUGGACAUUACCACUGUGAGGCCUGGAAUGGAAGAGGAUCUAGGAACUCUACAGCUCUGAUGAUCAUUUUACCAGGGAAACAAACAGUUCUGACUGCAGCUGUAGGAAUCAUAGUGGUUGUUCUGGUUCUCAUCCUCUGUCUCUCUGGACUCAUGUGGUUCAGGAAGAAGGCCUCCAAAUCCACCUCUGACACAAGAGACACAUCAGAGAAUGUACAGGGAGACUCUAGUCCCGUGUAUGAAAACGUAUCAAGCGUGGCAUUCACCCCUACUGCAGCACAGACAGCGGCCACCAUCGACCAGGAUGACGUUCUCUAUGCCAGUGUCCACUUCUCUCACUCCAAAAACCAGGAAGUGCCUCUGUACUCCACCGUCCAGCUGCAUCCACCCCAGAAACAGGACGAGGAUGUCCAGUACGAUGUUGUGAAAUUCAACUGGCCCAGUAACUCCAACCGACCCACGGCAGCACCAGCAGCUGAGGACUCCUCUGAGAUCUAUAGUAGAGUCAACAAACCCAGAAGACCUGAACACAACAAACCCAGAACCCAGAAGACCUGAACACAACAAACCCAGAAGAGCUGAACACAACAAAUCCAGAACCCAGAAGACCUGAACACAACAAACCCAGAACCAAUGGAACCCAUACACCAGGCUCUACCAACUGAGACACAGGACUACUGUAUUCACACUUAGUUGGAGUGCUGAUCUAGGGUCAGCACCAGGCUCUACCAACUGAGACACAGGACUACUGUAUUCACACUUAGUGGGAGUGCUGAUCUAGGGCCAGUUUUGCCUUUUAAACUAUGAUGAACUAUGAUGAAUAACCUUGUAAAUAAUUUUUAUGUUAAAUUUUAAAAAAUUAUGUUAAAGUAACAUGGAACAGAAUCUGAAGACAAUAACGUUGCUUUGUGUUUCUGAAAUAGCCUCGAUGUACAGUUAUAUUUUAUAUGAAGGCUGAGAACCUUAUAAAUAUAUAUUUUAAUUUCUUCUUGAUGUUCGCUUACAGGAACAAUACUUCUAUUCUACAGUACUAUUCUGUUACAUUCUACAGUCCUGUACUAUUCUAUUACAUUCUACAGUACUGUACUAUUCUGUUACAUUCUACAGUACUGCACUAUUCUGUUACAUUCUACAGUCCUGUACUAUUCUAUUACAUUAUACAGUCCUGUACUAUUCUAUUACAUUCUACAGUACUGUACUAUUCUGUUACAUUCUACAGUACUGCACUAUUCUGUUACAUUCUACAGUCCUGUACUAUUCUGUUACAUUCUACAGUCCUGUACUAUUCUAUUACAUUCUACAGUACUGUACUAUUCUGUUACAUUCUACAGUACUGCACUAUUCUAUUACAUUCUACAGUCCUGUACUAUUCUGUUACAUUCUACAGUACUCUACUAUUCUAUUACAUUCUACAGUCCUGUACUAUUCUGUUACAUUAUACAGUACUGUACUAUUCUAUUACAUUACACAGUCCUGUACUAUUAUAUUACAGUAUACAGUCCUGUACUAUUAUAUUAUAGUAUACAGUACUGUACUAUUAUAUUACAUUAUACAGUACUGUACUAUUCUGUUACAUUCUACAGUACUGCACUAUUCUGUUACAUUCUACAGUCCUGUACUAUUCUGUUACAUUCUACAGUCCUGUACUAUUCUAUUACAUUAUACAGUCCUGUACUAUUCUAUUACAUUAUACAGUCCUGUACUAUUCUAUUACAUUCUACAGUCCUGUACUAUUCUAUUACAUUCUACAGUCCUGUACUAUUAUGUCACAUUCUACAGUCCUGUACUAUUCUUUUACGUUAGCCAUUCUAUUACAGUACUGUUUCUAUUCUAUUACAGUAUACAGUACUGUAUUAUUACAUUAUACAGUACUGUACUAUUCUAGUACUGUACUAUUCUAUUACACAGUACUGUUUCUAUUCUAUUACAUUAUACAGUACUGUAUUAUUACAGUACUGUAAGAUGAUACACAUAAUAUAUGUUUACUUGGUUUGUUCAUAUACAUUUAUUAUUGGUUUUAUGACAAAGUUAUGGUCAUAUUUUGCCUCAAUGUUCUGAUGCAACGUUUCUUAUCACUUUGUAGUGUCAUUGACUGUCUGUGAUGACAUGCUAUUUUAUUAAAUCGAUUACCUAACGUUUAA